AUGACGUCUGUUACGGCAUUGGGUGCUAAUUGGUGUGUAACCAUUCAGUACACGAAAGAGCACCUUUCAGAAUUGCUCACAGAGCUGUCAGCCAAAGGUUUGCAUGCACUAACAAGACCGGGCCAUAAGGCCGGACUUGUGUACGUCUUUGUGAGCGAUCCAAACGACAGAGUUCCGGAGAUCGUGUCGAAUUUGCAGUACGUGGUGAAUGUCGUGGCGAUCCUCUCGCCAACCGUGAAGGAAGAGAGGCAAAAACUGGCAAAUAGGCUGGUGAAACAAUCGCUAAUGAUAUCCGAUAAAAGUCUGGAAGAAUUGGUGAAAUUGACUGGCUCGCCCAGUUUUGGCGUGCAUCUCGCGUUUGAGAAAUACUAUACGCGCUGUUUGAUGCUUUUGGCUCUUGUAGGCGUUGCUUUUCGACUUUUUGCGGGAAAACCUGCAGCGUGGGAAUUUAACAUGAGCUACACCAUUCUUGUGACUUUGUGGGCCAUAGGUUUUGUGACCACAUGGAAAAACAAGGUUCGGUCUCAAUACACUGAAAAGUUGCAUUAUGUGCCAUCAAAAUCGCAAAUCACACCUUUGACUAAGACUGAAUUUGCGAAAAAACUGUGCUUCAUUCCUAUUGCACUGCAAUUUUCAGCUUGUCUUAUUGCUUUCCAAUUCGGUUGCUUCUUGUUAGAGAUCUUCAUCACUCAGAUUUAUCAAGGUCCCUUUUCCGGAAUUUUAGCACUCACGCCUACGGUGUUGAUCUCGGUUUAUGUGCCUAUCCUAACAAUGGUGUACGAUGUUGUUCUGAACAAGCUCAUUGCCUGGGAAAAUCCGGUAGAUCCCGUCCAAUCGAGACUGGAGAAAAAGUUCAUUUUGACUUUCUUGACCAGCUACGUUCCCUUGUUCAUCACCCUUUUCGUCUAUUUACCAAUGGGACAUCACGUCAAUGCUCAAUUGCAGUCAAUCGCUCAACUGUGUUCUCGUUUCCAUAUUCCCGUUCUCAAAUCUGGUUUUAAAGUCAAUACAGGUCGUUAUCAAAGUCAGUAUUUCUUCUUCAUGGUCACUGGACAGGUAAUCGCUCUCUGUGUGGAGAAUGUCGUACCAUUUAUUCUAGCCAAGGCACUUCCCAAAAUUAAAGGCAUGGACAAGCCAAACUCAGAGCUCAACAAGGCAGAGAUGAAGAUCACGAAGGAGUAUCCCGAAGACACCUUGAUGUGGAAGCAAGCAACUCAAUCCAGUCUAAGCGCGUGGGGCGAGUUUGACAUCAAUGCAAUGACAACAAAACUGACCCUUCAAUUCGGAUAUGUGGCAAUGUUCUCUUGCAUUUGGCCUCUUGCCCCGCUCUGCUGUGUUGUUUUCAACCUGAUCAGUAUGAAGCUUGAGAUUUGGAGGUAUCUGAAUAAAAACGUCAUAAGCAGUUCUACAAAAAACAAAACAGAUGAUGUUUCUGCUCAAAUGCAAGGCUUCAAAGAGGAAGGGACAUUUUGGGGCGCCAUCCUAAAUGUACUACUAUUUAUUUCUGCUUUGGUCUCACCUGCACUGGUUAUUAUGUACAAGAGAUCUUCUGGUGAAAGUUUGCAACACGUUUUGGAGAAACGCGACUCUUGGCAUUUGAACUCGCUUGUUCCCGUGGACUGGAGGACUGUACUUGUUGGUGCAUUCGGUUUUGAGCACUUGACCUUUUUUUGUUACAUCGUGGUAGCCAAAUUUGUGGGACGCCGCGACAGUGGCGCGGGUAAACAGUUUGUGCGAGCAAAGGAGCUGGAAGAGCCACCACAUGUUGAUUUAAAUCAAGUUGUCAAGGAAACUGCUCAAUUUAUGGAUCCUAACGAAGAAGAAAAACCAAAGUCAACAGUUGCCUCGAAGGGUCCAAGAAAAACUAAAGAUGCUCAGCACGGUGGAUCUACACCCUCCGUCACUACUAGUCACAUACCAACUGACGCUAACCGGGCCAAAGAGGCUGGGCGAUCCUCCCAAGCUGUUAAUACUGGUGUGAUCGCUCCGGCUCAUCGCACCGGUAGUUUGAAUGAAAAAACUUCUGUUUCAAGCCAGCCUAUGCAGACCGUCAAGUCUUCAACUUCACCUGUGGCCGGCGCCACCGUUCCAGAUACUAUUCCUACGUCGAAGAACUUUCAUCUACGUAACGACCAGGGUAGCACUUCUUUCUCGUCAAAUGCAGAAAAUCAAAACAAUGGAACAGGAGCCAGUGAGCAAAGGACACGGAAUGUCUCCACAACAAGUAAACCAGAAAAUACUGGUGAAAAACCUGUCCCUAAAGUUGUGACAACGUCGCCAUCAGAUGAAGCGGUUGUCGGAGCACAGUUCAUACCUCCUCCCAUCGCGGACACGUCUAAAGGUCAUGUAGCCAAUAUUCUCAACGAUGUGGGACCUCAAGAGGAUGAUAGGUACGAAAAGCAUGCUGAUGAAGCAGAGUAUAGUUCACAUGAUGACUCGCAAGCCAGAAAGGCUGGGGAUCGCCAAUCAGAUCAAUCAUCAAGCCCUGCUUCUACUAAAGAGUCUCAAACGUCCCAGGGAGCACAGCGGUCAUCCGAAAAGACACCGUCAUCGAAGAAGAAAAUUAAAGCCGUACUAUCACCUCUGGGCAAGCUCAAGAAGAAAUUCUGA